AUGGAUCUUCGACAAGUAAAGAUGCUGGGGAUGAUGAAUUCACCCGCGGAUACCGUGGAGUUCUAUGCAGCAAGGAAAAGUACGGAAGAUGGCGCUGACCAAGAGGAUCUGAAGGUGUUCCGAGAAGCCAAACACAAGCGGAGCGUUUCCUAUACUCAAGAUGGGCGCAGGAUGAUUGACGGAAAGAUUGAAGGCGGAGCAGAAACGGCUACGAAUCUUUGGGAAAAAACGUUACGAAUAGGAGCACUCACAACUCACAUGAUUGCCAGCGAUGAUGAUUGUGAAGGGUCGGCUGACAGAAGGAGUACAGAUCAAGCCAAAAGCGAUUGCUCGGAAACACCAGAAUGUGUAAGCCCCGUGGUUGUUUAUGCGAUCAAUAAAAGUCUCGGAGAAGGUCUCAGUGAAGAGAGCAUGAAGGCAUUCACCGAAGUGAAACCCAGGCAAACUGUUACCUAUACUCAAGGUCAGUACAGCCUUGUAAAAAUUACGCAGAAUGUCAGUGCAACAUGA